GGCGGCGGCGCCCUCCCCGCGGCCCCUUCCUCGCAGGGCGCAGCGGGCGGCGGCGCCAUGGCGGCCCCGCCGAGGAGCUACAACCCCUUCGCCGAGGCCGAGGAGGAGGCGGGCGGCGCCGAGCGGCAGCGCUACCUGCAGCGGGAGGUGCUGCGGCGCUCGGCCGCCACGGCCGACAGCACCGCCCGCUCCCUCGCCCUGCUCUACGAGUCGGAGCGCGUCGGCGUGGCCGCCUCCGAGGAGCUUGUACGUCAAGGGGAGGCACUGAAGCGCACGGAACAAAUGGUAGAUAAAAUGGACCAGGACUUGAAGACUAGUCAAAGACACAUAAAUAACAUCAAGAGUGUUUUUGGGGGCCUGGUAAACUACUUCAAACCCAAACCUCCAGAGAGUAAGCCCGAGCAGAAUGGAACCCUUGAGUAUAAUGCUAACAGUAGAUUAAAAGAAGCAAUGAUGUCUAGUAAAGAGCAAGAGUCAAAAUACCAGGAAAGUCAUCCAAAUUUAAGGAGGCUAGACAAUUCAGCAGACAAUGAUUUCAGCAGAGCAGAUUCAGUUUCUUCAGUACAACGUGAUGCUUAUCCAAAGAAUCAACAUCUGCGAGCUUAUCACCAGAAAAUUGAUAACAACUUAGAUGAGAUGUCUUCUGGGUUGAGUCGUCUGAAAAACCUAGCUCUUGGUCUGCAGACAGAAAUAGAGGAGCAGGAUGAUAUGCUUGAUCGGCUAACUAAAAAAGUAGAGACACUGGAUGUCAACAUUGCAAGCACUGAUAAAAGAGUCCGACAACUUUAAAGGGUUCAUAGAAAUUUUUACUUCAGCAUCAGUUCUUCUUGGCUCUCCUAUCUCAUCAGAUCUCUCUCAAAAAAAAUCUUGGUCAACAUCUACCUUUUUUUUUUCCUGGUAUGUCAUUGAUUUUGUUGUCAUUAAAAUUGCAUAAUCUUAUAUGCAUCAUAAUAUCUUAAGUUUUUUUCCUAAUGUACAUGGAAAAAGUGCAUGUUGAGUAAAAUCUUCAAGCACUUGGUAAAUGCUUUUGUGCUGGAUACCCUGUUCAAUGACGUUACUGUGUGUCAUGUGCAUGGAGGAAUUUGCAAUCCACAAUGCUUCAGUGUCCUUGGCCAGAGAGCUGUGAUGAGAAAAGUAACUACAUUUUGCUUCUGUUUUGGGGAGGGUGUGGAGGGGAACAGAAUGUGCUUCUUGGUUCAGAACAAAUGUUGCUAAUUCUGUUUACCUACAGCUAUUUUAAAUUCUGGAAAAAUGCUAAUUUCCAGCUGUAAAAAUAAUUCUUAGUGACUGUCCUCUGGCAUUUCUGGGGAUUAAGGAACAAACUGUUCUAUGGAAGUUGUAAAAUAUCAAGGGUGUCAGGCAGUAAUGAUAAUAUCCUAUACUUGUUCCUUUUCCUAGGAUGACUUUUCCCAAGCAGUGGGUCCAUGAACUGUGGUGUUUAUGAUCGAGUCACAGAAUUUUCUCCUUUACCGUCUUUUCUGUAAAGAUCGGUACCAGAAGUGUUCAUGACCAUGACCCAAAAAGUUUAGGUAGCAAAAUUAGGACUCAGACUUAUGUGUUCUAAAAGUUUCUUUCAUAUAUAUUGUCAGCUUCUGCUUCUUCAUUUUCUGCCCUUUCUCCACCUACUUAGUUAGGUGACUAUUUGAAGAAUAACUUCCAUUUUAGAAAUGGAGAGUUGGACUGAUUCUAUAUGAAGAGAUCAUAUAUUUAUUUCAAACAAAGGUGAUUAGGGAGUGAGCAGAUAGUCUUUUGUUUAAUGUCAGUGUUUUUAGGAGACUCAACUGUGAUUCACGUAGUUCAACGUUGAUUUUAGCAGGUACAAAAAGUUUCUGCAGCUGAUGAAAAAGUUCAAAAAUGUUUUUGAGUCUUCCUGAUACAAGUUGAGCCUUCCAAUUUGUUUUAUUCUUUCGUAUGUACCCCUGUGUCACAGUAGGGACCUGUGUCAGUAUUAGAACACUCACUCUCACAAAUGACAAUGAGUGGCUAAGAAGUGAUAGUCACUUUGAGCUUGUGGCACUUUGCCACAUGUCUUAAAAAUGACAGAGAGAUCUUGGGCUUUUGGAUUAUCAAGAUUGUAUGCUUUAGGAACGUGGCAUUCAGGUUCCUUUCUCCUUUCCUUUUUUAAGGAAUUCGUUACUUUGAGGUAACUUGCUACAAAGUGUACUAGACUGUAAAAACAAACCUAAGAAAUCCUGAGCCUUCUUGUUUUACUAGGUUUCAUGAAAGUUAACUUGUAGAAAAAUAAUUCACGGAAAAUAGCUACACUUGGGCAUGGUGUUAUGGAAAAAUAAUUAUUCCUGGGAUUACUAGCAAAGUAGAGUUACAAAACAGGUUUAAGGUGAGCCUGUGUUUUGCCUUACUGAUAUCAUUGAUUCAGUCCUUUUUUUUCUUUUUUUUUUUUUUUUUAAAAAAAGGCUGUGAUUUGCAGCAACUUAGGAACUACUGAGCAUCUUUCAUAGCUCUUCAUUUUUCAAUGUGUUAUGUAUAUUCACUUGGAAGCUUGAAAAAAGCCUUUUAAUAUCCAUAUAUCAUCUACUCUGAUGGGUAUAUACCAUGAUUAAUUCUCUCUUACUCUGCCAGGAUAUUCGCAAUUUGAUUUAAUACCUCAAGAAGGCUGAUUUGUUUCUUUAGUAGAUAGAAUGGUUCAUUAGUUUUCAAACUAUAAUUACCUUAGUGAAGUAAGAUCAAAAUUCAGAUUGUACCUGUUUUGAUUUCUUAUUUGAUUCUCCUCUUUUUAAUUUAAAAGGUGAAAAGACCUUUUUUUUUUUUUUUUAAAAAAAAACCCUAGUGCUCAUUAACGGACAUGUUUGUAUUUCAAGAAAAGGACUUGUGGACUCUGUCCAUGACAGAGAAUAUUUAAAAAAAAUUCCCCAGUAAUUAAUGACACUCCUUUUAGUUUGAAAUCUAUCUUCAUCUUAAUACAACUAUUUUACAUCUUGACUCUUUCCAAAAAAUAAGACUUCGGUGGCUGGGAUGUAGGUUGACAUUUUCUCCAGUAAGCUGUGGUUAACAGAUGAGAAAAGUAGUUGGAGGAUCUAGUUCCAUUACAUGUAAUAAAAAGAAACGUACAGCUUGACUCCAAGCAAAAAUUAGAGUUGAUUUAGGAGUGAAAUAUGUCACCUUUUUGAGGUAAACCUCUUCCUUUUUUUCCAGUCUAAAUUAUUUCACAAAACUGACUUCUUGAUCAAUAGUUUAGUUAUAUCAACCUUGCUAGAAGUUUCCUGUAUCCUGGUUAGAUAUCUUUGAUGCUUUUAAAAAGUAGACAAGGAAAGAGAAUAAAUAAUCUUUUUCUGCUUUGAGUGUCUCGUGAUUCAUGCAGACUAGAAAACCAGGAAUUCAGCCAUUUAGAAGUUGCACAAAAACUCUAACUUCUCUUCUAACAAUCCCAUUCACUGUUUCAGUAACAUACACAUUUAUUUUCUCACUACUUGCGCUUUUCUGCUCUUUUAUUACUUUCAUUUAAUGGCCUUGUUUUAAAAAAGUACUUCUCACAUUGGCUUUCUUUUGUAGGAAUAAAGAUUUUUGCAUGGGUAUAAACGAUUAUCUGCUGCAAAAUGAAUUCCUUUUCCAUUCUCGGCUUUAAUAAAAAUGCUUUAUACUUUCUGCUGCUAAAGAACUUAAUUCUAACUGACAUGAAGACACAAUACUGUUUUGUAAUAGUGAUGAAAUUUUUUUGCUGGCUAAAAUAACUUUGCAUCUUGCAGAAAGGGGAAUUUAAAAGAAAAAAAAAAAGAAAAAGAUACUUGCCUUUCCAGGAAAUCUUAUCUUGCAUGUUAGUGAGGACUUAUUUUUGCAACUUUCCUUUUAGUUCCUGAGAUAAAGUAUGGUUUUUAUUUAUUGUUGAAUACCACUGAAAAAUUUAUCUUAUGUUAGGGACAGGACUUCAGAAGAAACUGAAUUUUCACUGUAGUGCUAACUUGAUAAGUUAAACCAACUGUUCUGCCUGAAUAGUCAUGUUAGUAUAGGAAUCAGCGAAAUAGCUCUGAUUAAAGUUAUUCUUCUGAGCUUGAGUAAAAGUUUAAUAUUAAGAAUAAGGUAGCAACAAAUUCUAUUACCUUCUUUGUAGAAUGAGAUUUUCUUUUAAAGGUACACUAAUAAAUUUGGAAGAGGUAUAAAAUACAGGAAAGGAACAUACCCUUCCCAAUAUAGGUAAUAAGAUACACUCCUGAAAGAAAGAAAGGAGAGAGAAGAGGGGAGCAGUAGCAGGCUACUAGUUUUCUAGAUGUAGUUUAUUAUAAAUUUAUUGAGCAUUGAAUUAAAUACAGUAACAAAUUAUGUUGUGCAGCUGAAUUUUAAUCUAUAUUACAAAGACUUGUUUCUACGGUGAACUGUAUUUUGGCCUGCUGAAAUCAUUGGGACACUAUAUAGUAUAAUAUGAAAGCAUAGUAUGGGUGCCGUUGAAAAUUUUAGGAGAAACUGCUGCCUUUACUCAGGUUAUAUACAAAAUGCUGUCUUUGUGAAUCUGGCCUUUCCCUGGGAAAAAAAGGGUUUUUAACCUUUUUUUUUUUUUUUUUUUAAUAUAUGUGAAAUUUAUCAUAAAUAUUUUGCUGCCUAGUACUUUUUGUGACGUGAUUGUAAUUUGUUAAAUGGUGAAAUAGAAAAUACUUCCCAACCACACUGCCUUCAGAACAGGUGGGUUUUUGUAGGCUCUUCUACAAGAAUAAUGUCAUAUGGAGGAGGUGUAUUAUGCUUGAUGUUGAAACUUGUGGAGCUUAAUCAUCAAAAUUGCAGGUAGUAAUUGUUUGUGUAUAUGGCUUUUUAAUAGUUCUUUAAUUAUCUGCCACCCAGAUAUAACACUUUUUAUACAAGUCAGAUUGAAAUAUCUUUUUCUCUUAUUUAAAUGUUAAACUGGACUGUAGCUCAGCAAUCUAGGAUAUUGAGUGAAAUGACUGCUGAAUGGUAAGAUGGUCAAUAAAGGUGCUUUUUGGUCAUGGA